AUGGCAGGGCCACCUGAUUGGCAUCUCGACGGUGGAGAGGGCACUUGGUCUCGCGCCUCCGCGGCACACCCGCAGCUCGGCCUUGAAAGCACGUGGGGCUGCCUUCCAGCACAGGCACCAGACUCCCCUGGUGCCGUGAUGGACGCGCAGGGACAGGCUGCAUCCCUGGCCCGCGCGGCCGCAAGCGACUGUGCUCCCAGUCCCGUGCGUCGGGUGCCCCGCGUGCAGGCCUCUGACAGCGAAGCUGCCGCCCCAACUCCUGGGCACCACCCCGCGUCUGCGGCGUUGGACUCUGCGCCAACCGCACCAGCAUGGGGCGCACGGCUUCCGGCCGCCGGGGCAGACCUGGGCGCGCAGGUCGCAGCCCUCGACCCCGCAGUGGCCGACGAGGGGUCCCUGCCGUCGGCCGCGACGCCGGCGCCGCCCGACGGAUGGAGCCAGCCCGCGGCGACCAGGGCUCGCGAGCGGAGUGGGUCUCCAGCGGCAGCGGUGGCGUUGGGCGCGGCGACACCACGCGCACCAUCGCCCGAAGCGAUUCGCACCGAUGGGCCAGGAACGGGCCCGCCACGAGCGUGCCCCCUUUCUCCAGCUGCUGCCCCUGCCCCGCACACGGAGCAGCACCACCAGAGGGCCUUUCUCCGCGUCGCCGAGGUCGGCGCUGGCGAUCAGCCCUGCCAGCGGUCCGUGAGCGCUGGCCUGUGCGCACCGUUCUCGGGCUCGGUGGCGCCAGGUGCAUCUGCCGCACCCGCGGCUGCACACGGCACCUGUGCGGUGGAGGCCUCUCCACACAGUGCCGAGGUCGACGUUUUCAGAGAGCUCCAGCGCCCCCCAUGGAGUGCUGCGGCUUCCUCGUGCUCGGAGGGGUCCGGUGCUUUCGCUGCGGCCGAGGUUGCGGUCGCCACCUGUGCAGCGGAUUACUCUGCCCGCGGCGCUGAAAUCGGCGCUGGUGGACCGACCUGCUGGCGGUUCGGGAGCGCCAGCGACGGGGCGCCGCUCUUGGAUUCUGCGACGACUGGCGCCUUCGCCGUGGGCGAGGCUGCAGUCGGCACGUGGGCGGAGGAUGCCUUUACCUGCAGCCCCAAAAGCGACGCUGGCGGUCGGCCUCGCCAGCACCUCGCGAGCGCCAGCGACGGCGCAUUGUGCCUGGACCCUGCGGCGGCUGGCGCCUCCGCCGCGGAAUGCCCUUCUGAGGGGUCUCUUCUCAGCGGGGCCGGUGCCGACGCGGGCGACUGGCGAGGAAGUGCCGGCGGCGGACAGGGGGCGUGCUGGCGGCCCAUAAGCUCCGGCGACGGCACGUUGUCCCUGGGCUCUGUGGGUGCCGACGCCACUGCCGCGGUGGCCGCGCCGAGCAUUGGUCCAGAGGGUGCCGCCGCCUUGGCCCAGCAGGCCCCUGCCUCAGGUGCGGAGAGGUGCUUCAGGGUGACCUUCACGCGCGACGCCCACAAGAAGCGGCGCUCUUGGGAGGACGGGGUGCUCCGCGUGCGAGAGGGCAAGGGCAGCCUUUACAGCGACGACGGCAAGUUUAUCAAGCUGGGGCUGACGCUCUGGGUGCGGCGAGACCUGGCGAGCGGGGUGCAACUGAAGGCAGGACUGGUCACGCUGAUCGAGGUGGGGGAGGAGUUCCCCUCGGAGCACUUCGCGUCUGGCCGCGCCUUCGCGGAGGCGGCAGCGCAGCAGCCCGCCCAGCCAGAGGCUGGGCCACCGUCGAAGAGGCAGCGCGGCCGCAGCCUCUUGUGCGUCAGCGCCGGCGCCCAGGCGAUGGCGCCACUGGAGGCCGCCGUCGUACCGCCAGAGUCCCUCGUCCUCAGCGGCGGUGGAGGGGCUGGCCCGGCCUUUUUCGUGGAGCCUGGCAUCGCCCAGCACCUCAAGCCGCAUCAACGCGAGGGUGUCGCCUUCAUGUUCAAGAGAGUUGCGGCUGGCGAGGGCUGCAUACUGGCGGACAGCAUGGGCCUCGGGAAGACCCUGCAGGCCCUUUGCCUGCUCUGGGCCGCCCUGAGCCAGCCUGCAGGGCGCCCCCUGUCGAGCAGGGCGGCCGUGGUGUGCCCGUCCUCGCUGUGCGGCAGCUGGGAGGCGGAGGUGCGCCAGUGGCUGGGUGCACUACGCCUCCGGCCCUCGGUCGUGCAGGGCGGGGGUCCGACCGGGACGGCUGGCCUAGCGCUCGACCGCUUCCUGGCGCCCGACCGCCCGGGAGGGGCGGACUGCCGGCUGCUGAUCAUCUCCUACGACCAGAUGCGCGUCCACGCGGACGCGGUCGACGAGGCCGUCGACCUCUGGGUCUUCGAUGAGGGCCACCGGUUGAAGGCGCGGGGCAUCGAGGGCCGGCGCUUGGACGCGCUGCGCAGCAAGCGCCGGGUGCUACUGACCGGCACACCCCUGCAGAACAACCUCGAGGAGUUCUGGUGCUGCGUCAACUUUGUUCGGCCGCACUUGCUGCCGCCGCCUGGGGCGUUUCAGCGCCUGUUCCGCCGUCCCAUCGAGCGGGCUCAGGACACGUCGGCCUCGGCCGAGGAGGUGGCCCUCGGCCGUGCACGCUCCGCCGAGCUCGCCCGCCUCACCGCAGCCUACAUCCUGAGGAGGGGCCCCGAGGUCAUCGAGUCGCUGCUGCCCCCCCGCGCUGAGAUCCUCCUCACAGUGCCGCUCACCCCGCCGCAGGUCUGCGUCUACCGUGCGAUGUGCAGGCUCCAGGGCGCAGACGCCGCUUGCCACGCCCAAAGCUUGAGCACGCUGGUGCUGCUCCGCCAGCUCUGCAACGACCCUCGCGACCUGCUCGAGCGCUGCCGCGGCGGCGCGGCGGAGGACGCGUUCGCCAACUGCGACGGCGAGGAGCCCCUCUGGCCGGCGGCCGAGGGUACUGGUAUCUUGCGCCUCUGCCGUGAGGCGUUCGCGCAGGUGGACCACAGGGCCUGGGACACGGAGGAGGCAUCAGGGAAGCUCGUGCUCUUGGAGGCGCUCUUGCGGAGGCUCGGCGCGGAAGCGCCCGACGAGGGCAUCGUCAUCGUGUCCAACUUCACGUCCGCCCUGGCCCGCUGCCGGCAGGCCUGCGAGCGCCUCGGCUUCGCGGCCUGGUCGCUGCAGGGCUCCACGCAGGUGGCCAAGCGCCAGGAGCUGGUGGAGUCGUUCAACAGGCAGCGCGGCCCCAAGGCGCUCAUGCUCUCGACCAAGGCUGGCGGCGUGGGCCUCAACAUCACGGGAGCCAGCCGGCUGGUCAUGCUGGAGCCCGACUGGAACCCGGCCGUGGACCUGCAGGCCAUGGCGCGCGUGUGGCGGCAGGGGCAGCGCAGGCCCGUGUUCGUCUACAGGCUGGCCAUGCACGGCAGCCUCGAGGAGAACAUUCUGCGCAGGCAGGCGCGCAAGCAGGGCUUGGCCAGGGCCACGGUGGGAGCCAGCGGGCCUUGCUGCCUGCAGGGCGGCGACUGGCGGGAGCUCCGCCGCGUCUUCGAGCUCUCGGGCUACACCUGCGCGGGCCAGCCCCUGCCCCCGCGGCCCGGGGGCGCGGCGGCGGAGGCUGGCGCGGACGGCGAGCAGGACGUCCCCAGCGGCGCCCUGCUCGGCGGCGCCGAGGUGCGGUCCAUCCUGUGCAGGGCGGUGCUGAUGGCGA